UUUUCCUUGAAAUAUAUUUAGCCGAGUUGCAACGAAGUUGAACUCGGCUAUUGGUUUGGUGAUGCGGGCAGGCGGAUGGGCGUCAACAAUUGGUUUCCGGAUGAUAACUCAAAAAGUUUACAAUCUAAUCAAAUGAAACUUUUAUAUAUUGUUGGGUACCAAGUAAGGAAGACCCCUAUUGAUUUUGGAGAAAAAAGGUCAAAGGUCAAGGUCACAGUGACCGAAUAUAGAAUGAAAAUUUCAGAAAAAUUUGGUUUCCGGAUGAUAACUCAGUAAGUUUAAAUCCGAAUCAAAUGAUACUUAAAGAUAUUGUUAUGUACCAGGUAAGAAAGACCUCUAUUGAUUUUGGAGAAAAUGGGUCAAAGGUCAAGGUCACAGUGACCGAAAAUAGAUUUAAAAUUCCAAAAAAAAAUUAGUUUCCGGAGAAUAACUUGAAAUUUUUUAAUUUGAAUCAAAUGAAACUUGGUUAUAUUGUUGGAUACCAGCAAAGCAAGGCCCCUAUUGAUUUUGGAGAACAAAGGUGAAGGUCACAGUGACCAAAAAUAGAUUGAAAACUUCAGACAAAUAUGGUUUCUGGACAGUAACUUGAAAAGUUUAAAACUGAAAUUAGUUCUUCACAAUUAUAAAUAUGCCACAUCAUUCCUGACUUUACAAUGUAUCCCAUGCAACUCGGCUUAUGCACCCCUGGGUGCAUAUAUUGAUUUUUACUUAUUACUAUCGGUCCAAUAACGGCGUGUCACUUCACUCGAUCGAGCGUCACUCUCUGAUUGACCGUGUGGUUUCAAUGAAAGAAUUUGGAUGACCACACUAUGCCAUUCUUUCACUGUGAACAAAAGUAAAACCUGUUUCAUUGAAAUCUAAGAGAAACCUCGCAAUAAAGAUUUUCACGCCUGAUCAAACAAAGUGUCAUGCUGUUAUUGAAAUGAUGGUAUAUGGGUUUCUAAUAUAAUGCCUUUAUGGUAUUUGCUGAUUCCCGUUACCGGUUCUAAAAUUUAUGUUGUUAUGGGGGAUACGUUAAAACACUUUAUUUCACUUAAGACGCUUGUAAAUACUGAAAUGGAAGUAGAAAGUUACGUAAAGUUUUCCGUCUCUUGACUCAAAGACAAGUAAAAGAAAAAAGGAGCCACCAUGAGAGGCAGAAAGGCCGACCUAAUAGACAGGUUUGUAUUUUCAUACAUCAUAGCUGGUUUUUUUCAUUUACAAUAUUUCAACCAAUUCGUAGCUCUGCACCCAUGCAGACGACAGAAUGUUUACGCUGGCAUGAUUAUGCCUAGAUUAUUUUGAUGCUCAGUACGACAAUUCUUUAUCAAAAUGACUCAAAAUUCAAUAAAUUAAUGUGAAAUAAGUUAUAUUUAUGCCAUCAUAGGUAAUGAUAAUAGUACUAUACAGAUUAUUGUUAUUGUAAUACAUGAUACAAUGGCAUACACUGACAUGUACUAAUAGAUCUUGGUACCUAAUAUUUUUUAUGGGAAGUGGACAUUGUACAGUACUUUAUUGUAGGCUUAAGGCAUAUGAUACAAAUAAAGAUUUGAAGAAUGACCCAAUUCAAAUACCUGAGCCUUUGGAAGUUGAUUCGCCAACAAGGGGAUUUCAACAGCUCCAGGAUUCACAUAAAGAGGAAAUCCCAGAGCUAUGCAUUGAGCAGAUAGACAUGUAUUUUGUACAUAGAUUGGCAGGUGACAAGACAAAGCACUGGUAAUGUCAAGGCUAUUGAGAAAGGAUGGCUGCUUGUUGAAAGUGAUAAGAGUCUUGGCUGUAUCAUAUUUAAAGGAAGAUAAUUCCCUGUUCUUUACAGGAAUUGUUGGCACAGCCAUGAAAACAAGGGUAACAUACAACUUUAAAUUAAAAUUUGACAAAAACUCAGGAGACAUCUUGAACAGCCAUUGUGGGUGUCCUGCAGGACGAGGUCCCCAUGGAACUCGCAAGCAUCUUGCUGCUGUUGCCUUUGUUUUGCUCUCUUUUUCUGAAGGAAAAGGUUCACCAGUCAAAGGUGAAGAUCUGCCCAGGAAGCGAAAUCUGACUGAUGAUUUUUUAAAUGAUCCCCGCCCUGAACAUCUAAAAGGUGUGGCUGGUUACUCGGAUAGGGUUCGCAAUAUGGUCCUAAACCAUUGUGCAGAGACCUCAGACAAUCUGACAUACAGAUAUCUCAUCGAGAAAGCAAAUAUUCAGGCAGCAGUAUUGAACCAUGAUUAUUUGGAAAGACCCUUCACAGAGUAUUGGGUUCAACGAGCUGUUGAGGUUACAGCAGAUAAAGUAGUUCCCAUUGAGGAGCAAACACGUGGACAAGCCAACUCAAAUAAUUGGUUCAAGGAGAGAUCAUGGCGGGUCACAGCCUCAAGAUUUUGAGAUAUCUGUUUAGCUACAGACAGACGUAAUAGACUGAAACUCUGCGAGUCUCUAUACCAGUCUUCUGCCGUUGUGUUUCGCAUUGAAGCUAAAGUCCAUGGACGUACCUACGAGAAUCUUGCUAUUAGAUCCUUUGAAAGAAAGACUGGCCAAUGUGGUUUCUUUGUUGAUAUGGAUCGACCUUACUCGGAGCCCUAUGCAAUAAGACAUUAGUCUGUCUCUUGCUGGAAUAUACAGGUGUUAUCUGGGACCCGCAUACGACAGAAAAUUUCAAUAAGAUUGAGAUGGUACAGAGGAGAGCUGACAGAAUGGUAAUGAAUGAUUUUAGGACAACCAGCAGUGUCUCGAAUAUGAUCCAGCAACUCAACUGGCCCUUACUACAGGAGCGCAGAGCCCAGACCAGGACUAUAUAAUGAUGUACCGGAUUGUGUAUCAGCUGAUUGACAUUCCAUCUACACUCCUGAUACCAACCAUUUCUCCAAGAGGAAACAACAUCACCUUCCUUGUGCCGUAUGCCAGGACUACAGUAUACCAGAAAUCAUUUUUUCCAGAUGGGAUUAGGAUUUGGAACUCUUUACCAUCUGAGACUGUCAAUGCAGCAUCUUUAGACAGCUUCAAGUACCAGAUCGAGUCCAUCAGUAUCCGACGAUAGAUACCUGGAUUUUAAACUUUUAAUGCACUUUUAAAUAAAAGUAUUGGGCAUCAUU